GCAACAAAAACAGAAACCCAAAUGCUCUCCUCACUUCACUCCUUCACUCCUCCUCAAUCCUCGGAAAAACCCAAAUCUCUUCCCUUGAUCAAUACCUAUCUCUUCUCUCAUCCUUCCUCUCUCCUCCUCGAGCUCUGCUCCAACACUAGAGAACUUCACCAGUUCCUCUCCCUCAUCACAAAGCGAGGCCUUUCCAUCGAACCCAUCAUCCAAUCGAAGCUCGUUGCCCUCUUCUCUCGGUUCGGCAGCCUCAAAGAAGCCUCCUUGGUCUUCUCCUCGAUCGAGACUAAGACCGAAGAGCUCUACCAUUCAAUCCUCAACGGCCAUUGUCACCAUUCCUCUCUUGAAGAAGCCCUUUGCUUCUUCUCCUUGAUGAGACAGGCACAAGUUCGCCCUUCGGCCUACAAUUUCAGCUACCUUCUUAGAGCCUGCGGGGAUAACGCAGACCUCAGGAGAGGAAGAGAGAUUCAUUCACAGUUGAUAUCAAAUGGGUUUGGUUCACACGUGUAUGCGAUGACGGCAGUUGCUAAUAUGUAUGCUAAAUGUAGCAGGAUUAAGGAUGCAAGAAAGAUGUUCGAUAGAAUGCCCAAGAGAGACUUGGUAGCUUGGAAUGCAGUUAUUGCAGGAUAUGCGCAGAAUGGGCUGUCAAUUGAUGCUUUAGAGUUUGUUUCCAGAAUGCAAGAGGACAGGAUGAGACCCGAUCCAAUCACCCUGGUGUCGGCUCUGCCUGCUUGCGCCGAUACCAAAUCUUUGAAGGUUGGGAAAUCUAUUCAUGGGUUUGCAAUUCGUGCUGGAUUCGAGCAGUUGGUAAAUGUUUCUACAGCUCUUCUUGAUAUGUAUGCGAAAUGUGGGAAUAUAGAGCUUGCUAGAUUGGUGUUUGAUAGAUUGCAAGCAAAGAAUGUUGUCUCAUGGAACUCGAUGAUUGAUGGGUAUGCACAGAGUGGAGAUGCUGAAGAGGCAAUGAGACUUUACAAGAGUAUGCUGGCGAAGGGAAUCAAGCCCACAGAUGCCUCUGUGUUAGCUGCAUUGAAUGCUUGUAUUGAAUUGGCGGAUCUUGAAGAAGGAAGACAGAUUCAUGAGCUCUCGUUGAGUAUUGGUUUAGGGUCUAAUGUAUCGGUCAUGAAUUCUCUCAUUACAAUGUACUCAAAGUGCAAAAGACCUGAUCUUGCUGCAAAGGUGUUCGAAGGCCUCAGAGCAAAGACUCGUGUUUCAUGGAACGCUAUGGUACUGGGCUAUUCACAGAAUAAAUGCGCAGAUGAUGCUCUCAGGCUCUUCAGCAAGAUGCAAUCUGAAAACAUAAAGCCCGAUUCUUUCACUUUAGUCAGUGUCAUUCCAGCAGUAUCAGAUAUGUCACUCCUCCGUCGAGCAAAAUGGAUUCAUGGGUAUGCAAUGAGAAUGUGUCUAGACGGAGACAUCUUCGUGGCGACCGCACUUGUUGACAUGUACGCAAAGUGUGGAGGCAUUGCCCUAGCGCGAAAGCUCUUUGACUUGAUGGUCGACAGACAUGUCACAACCUGGAACGCGAUGAUAGAUGGCUAUGGAACACACGGGUUUGCUAAAGAAGCACUCGAACUGUUCAAAACGAUGAAGAGGAGCUCGAUACAGCCAAACGACGUAACGUUCCUCUGCGUCUUGUCAGCCUGCAGCCAUGCGGGCCUGGUCAAUGAAGGAAAGCUGCACUUUGAGAGCAUGAAGAAGGACUACAUGUUGGGGCCUGCAAUGGACCAUUAUGGGACCAUGGUCGACCUCUUGGGUCGAGCUGGGAGGCUUGAUGAAGCAUGGAAUUUCAUUGAGAGGAUGCCACUACAACCAAGCAUUAGCGUCUAUGGCGCAAUGCUAGGAGCCUGCAAGAUCCACAAAAACGUGCGGUUAGCGGAGGUAGCAGCAGAGAGACUAUUUCAGCUUGAGCCAGACGAAGGCGGGUACCAUGUGUUGUUAGCCAAUAUCUACUCGUCGUGUUCAAUGUGGGAGGAAGUUGCCAGAGUCAGGAGAUUGAUGGAGAAGCAAGGAUUGCAGAAAACCCCUGGAUGGACCUCAAUCGAGUUGCAUAGCAAAGUCCAUAAAUUUUAUUCUGGGAGCACGAAUCAUCCACAGUCGAUGAAGAUUUAUGCGAGGUUGAAGAAGUUGAUGGAAGAGAUAAGGGAUAUUGGGUAUGUGCCUGAUACUGAAUCAAGUCAUGAUGUGGAGGACGAAGUGCAGGUUCAGUUACUGGCGAGCCACAGCGAGAAGCUGGCGAUUGCAUUCGGGCUUAUAAGCUCGAGGCCUGGAACAAUGAUUCAGAUCAAGAAGAACCUGAGAGUGUGUAGAGAUUGCCAUACUGCAACUAAGUUUAUAUCUCAGGUUACUGGGAGGGAGAUCAUUGUGAGAGACAUGCAGAGGUUUCAUCAUUUUAAGGAUGGAAGAUGCUCAUGUGGAGAUUAUUGGUAGACACAUUGUUAAUUCUUGGUUUAUGGAUGAUGAAAAUUUUGGUUAAAUUAUUUGAUUUGCAUAUGUUAGUACCUUUUCAGUCAGUUUUCAGACAUUCGUGUGUGUUUUGACUUGCUGUUUUCUGUUACCUGCAUAUAUGAUUCAA